AUGCAUCGUCAAGACGACAUUCCUUCAUCUCAUGUACUCGGGCUUGCUCCACGCCCAAAAACAUUGUUCAAGAGCUUUGCAGCACAAUCAUCAUCGUCCUUGGAUGAAUUUGAGGACCCGAUCUGUAUUUUCCCAUCGCACACUCACAAUCUGGUCGCUUGUCACUAUUGCAUCGCGUGCAUGGUGACAAUACUGCCGACCAAUAUGCAAUACAGUACGAGCGGCUCAGACGAAGGCAGUGAUGCAUACGCUCCAGAAUCCAGAAUCCAUCACAAUCUCGUCAAGGGCAACGUCGGUCCGAAAGCAGGCGAUGGCCCAAAACUAAAUGCAUCUCCAGUGUUAUCUCAACUGACGACCGACCCUUGGUCUGCGACCGAGACUCAGCACUCGGUUUCGCCCUCUUUCAGUGUCCCCUGGGCUUCUCCACUACUCACAAAUGAUCUCAAGUCGAUAGAGACAAACGCUCUUUGGUCUGCCGAUAAUUCAGAUAUCCUUCACGCGUCUGACACUAGGCCGAACAUUUAUUGCAACAAGAAUGGCCCAUCGGAGUCUCGUAUUAAUCAAGACUUCAACAAUCCACACGACGAGUCACAUGGAUCAUCAAUAGACUAUCGCCACAUUUUGACGUGGCCGAUCAAGAAUCGCAACAAGAACUUCAGCGACACUGAGUAUGGUGAAGUGCAGUCUGCUGUGUCGCAGACCAUCAGCGACCAUUCCAGAAUACCACAUCCAGAGCAGACGAGCACUAGAGAGAUAGUGUGGUCUGAGAGACAACACGCCCAUAGCCUGAGACGUGCACUGAAAGACCCUGGAGCACAAUGGGUAGAGUCAUACAACGGUGCCUUGAAAAUGCUCUCCGCCAUCAAUCCUGAGCAUUACCAAAUGCCAUUCGGGAGUCGCGUAAUCAACAUGAAGACUGAAUUUUCUGACAACAUACUGCUAUCCAUCCGCCUUGGCAAGUAUUCAGUGCUGCAGAAAGUUUCCGAACGAAUCAUGGAAGUUUGGGAAGCUCGGAAAGAUCCAAAGGAAAAGGUUUUGUGUCUGUUCUCGGUCAACAGCAGCAAAAAGUACUGCGGGAUCGCCGAAUUAUCUGGCCCUUGGGACCCGCAGAUGGAAAUUGAAGGGUGGGAGAAUAGUGUCAACGGUCCGCGUUGUUCGGGUGGAUUCCCCGUCACAUGGAUCUUCGCCAAAGACAUCAACUUCCAUCAAUUCAUUCACAUUCAACUGCCAAAGAGCGGAACUACGGUCGCGAACAUGUGGAAUGGGAUGAAUUUCGCCAGCGAUGUUGGCAGGGCGGUCAUCGAAACAUAUGUCAAGACGCCUGCAACGUCAAGCAUUUUAGGCUUUCCACGGAACUACCACGAGAACGAGCAUUUGGCUACUGAGCGCGGUUCAGGCCAGCGCCGUCCUGCACGCAGCACACGCGGACCGCGCAGUAUCGCUCGUGAAGCUCCGCCGGCAGGACUUAGUCUGGUGCGAAAACCAUACCGCUCCGAACAAGCUCCAUCGCGCAAUUCGCGUCGUCAAAGCGAAACAUCUGAACAUGGAUUCCAAUCAGGCGGUAUGGUCGACACGUCGGCACCCCCACCUCGGUUUCAGCUGCCUGCAAUAAGCCAAGGCACAAAUUUAACAAGCAACACUCGGCCGUUUUUGUCUUCUCAGGACAAUCUUCCGAAGGAUGGCCUGUUUAUUAGCACCAAAAUUCAUAGAGCUUCACCGAACAGGUACAUGUCCCGAGCAGGCGUGGCAGAUGCCCCUUUCUCGAUGCUACCGAAGAGUAACACCGAGCCUGCUCUCCAACUUGGUGAAAUAUCGGACUCAGAAUCGAGCUCGCCAUUUGCGUCCUAUCGACAGCUGAAGGAUCACAGUCGAUACACAUUCGCUCGUCCAAUGCAGAAUUCAACUUCUGAAGCUACGCAUGCCGGAAAUGGACUUGAGCAAGGCCACUAUCGUCGUGAUGACUAUGGUCUCGUUGAUCAUACAAAUGGCGAAAGCUUCGUGGAUGCCUAUAUGAGAGCACCAUAUCAGCUAACUCCUCCAAUGCUUUCACCAGUUGGGACUCCAACUCGCCGUCCCACUCAACGAAUCAACAGUUUGGGCCCGUUUGCUACAAGCGUAGGCUCAGCUUCAACGAUGCCGGUUAAUACUCGACAGAAGGAAGCCCAGUUGAAGUCCAGACUGCACCUCUUGCUUGCGGAUAAAUUCGCCGUCGACGGACGUCUUGCUGAGGGCAACGUCGAGCGACAUGUUCAAGAUCAACUCUUCGAGAGAAGAAAAUGUCUCCUCCACAACAUCCACGAGAUCGAACAGGAACUGAUGCAUCCAGACCAGCAUGACGCAGACAGUUUGUCGUUCUCUACUCCCGCUCGUCGUGGCAGCUACGUAACAUCCAAUGGCAUCGCAAGCCCAUCGGGUGAGAUUUACAAUAUUUCGUCUAUGAGUGCCACGGAUCAUGGACCUCUACAUCCUGCAUCAAAGAAUCGUUCGGCACAGCUCUCAUCACAAGACGCGUCCGCGCCUCCUGCUUAUCGCCGAAAGCAUGGUUUCACGCCGUCAUGGGAUCUCCGCAUGGCCGGCGCCAUCACCAAGCUGGUGUCCGGCUCCGAGGACGAUUUUCCGUUCAGCGCCGAUCCUGGUCUCGGGCCAGCUGAACGCAGUGUGUGGCAUCCAGCCCGGGUCGUUCGGCCACGCACCGACAGCAGCCUCGGCAUGUAUCAAGAUACCAACGACAGUGGCGGCAUUUUCACUGGGGAUGAAUUUGAUUUACUUUUCUAG